AUGAAUCUUGGUUUGGUGGUAGAAAAGGAAUUGAAUGGGAAAUGGGAAGAGCAAAUGCGUAGUUCAAAAGAGCGAGGAUGUAGACAUGGGUAUUUCCAUGUGGUGAACAAUGACUACACUCAUUGGGAAAUGUAUGCAAUUGGGGGAAGUGCUUCACCUACCAUCAAUAGCCAAGGAAAUAGGUUUCUUGCUCCUAAUGAUCAUGAAAAUAAAGAAGUGACAAAACGAGAAGAGGCGGUAGAAGAUGAGUGGAAGAGCUGGAACUGGCGAUCUGAAGGAGAUCUCAUGUUAAACGGUGCAUAUUUCACACCAUCAGGGGCAGGGGCGUCGAAAAGCUACGCAAGGGCAUCGAGCCUAAGUGCCAGACCAUCUUCCAUCGUGGGCUCAAUCACAGCUAAUGCUGGUGUUCUCGGGUGUAGAAGAGGCUCUCGGUGCUAGUGUUCAAUCUCACUGGGUGUUUUUACUUUGUUUUUUCUUCUAAGUUAACAAAAAGCGAUAUCGUGUUUAUAACUUUAUAUUAUAUUACUUUUAUAAGCAAAAAAGUUUUGCACUUCUAGUUAGCCUGUUUCUCUGUGUCCAUGUAACAAAUUGCCACUUAGGGGUUUCAGUUACGAACCCUAAUUGAAUCAGAGGAAUCAAGAGCUAAAAACGAUAUUCAUUGGCAAAAUUCAA